UUCACAAAGUGUGUAAGAAGAUACCGAGCUGGAGAGCACUAAGCACAACUACGAACAACAACAAAACACCGAGUAUGCAUCAGGUGUACGUUCUCUUUGUCAUUUACUGCCUUUAUACAAUAACAACAAGCUCAGGUUACCCGCUGCCUUACACAGAAUAUUCACAUGACCUUCCUUCAAGAGAGGAACAUAUUCAGGACGUGUAUAAAAGGUUCUUGUUUCAUUAUGCUAUGAAUAAAGAUACACGUGUACCACAGGGUUCUGGGUCUUUAUCCAUACAUCCCUUAAUGCAUAUGGCACGAAAGCUAACAGGAAGGAGGAAGAAAAGGGUCUAUGAUGCAUCUUCUGAAAAAAAUUGGAAAAGUCCUUGAGUUUGAAGACCAACCUGGCAUCAAUAUACCAUCCCUAAGAUCCUGCCUACGGCAUUUCAAGUAAAAUUAAGUUGUGUAUAUAAAUAUUAAAUGGUUGACUAAAUAGCUAGUGAUAUGCUUUACUAAUAUAU